AUGGUUCAAAGAUCCAGUUCAACUUCCUUACAACCUAUAGCUACCUACCCCUUCAUCCCCCAUCUUGUCUACGCCUGGCUUGCAAGUUUUAAGUACUAUUUCUACAAAAGGCACAAGGAAGACAAGAGUACAAAUCCCUCUCUCACCCAGGCAAUAGUCAAGUUCCCUCGACGGUGGAGGUUAACCAUUGAGGCAUGUAUUGAUAACCUCCACGUGAUUGACAACCGCAACACAAUUGCAGGAUACUAUGAUUGCUGUGAAGGCAACUUGACUGGCAUCUGUUGUGCGUGUGACAGGAAGAGCGCUCCUUGUCACCGCUACCACCACCAGCACCACCAUCACCACCACUGCUACAUGCCAAUUAUGCUGUCUGUUGCGCGUGUGAUAGGCAGAGCGCUCCUUGGCACCACCACCAUCACCACUACCACUAUCUGCCACCAGAAGAGCCCCCUGUGACAGCGUCGGCAGUGUUGAGGGCGAGCGGACAGAGAGGAGUGAGGAGUGAGAAGAGAGAGGGUUUGAGUGGCGGGAAAUUCGGCGGUAUUUUUUGGUGGUCACAUCUCUUUUUAAGUUGCAAAAAUCAAUAUUUUGGGAAAUAAAAAUAUGAAAUUGAAACAUUUAUAGUACUUUUUUUUUAUUGCAGUUAAGGAUUUGAAACUCACAUGAUAUAGUUUUAACAUAUGAAGAGGAAGCACACAGUUUCCUUCAUCUCUGUUUGUUGGUCUACAAAGCCCUUUAAAAAUAUCCUAUUUGACAAUUUUGUGUUUACGGAUUAAGUGAUUUAGUCCACAUUUCUUAGUCGAAAGCGAUGUUCUACAGUUUAAAGUCAACUAAUAUUUAUUCUAAAGAUAUUUCAUUAAAAUGAUAAUAUUAUUUAACUGAAAGAAAAACUCUCUCUCUCUCUCUCUCUCUCUCUCUCU